AUGACUUUUUAUGUUAACUCUCGAGCUCCCCGCCUGCGCGGGCCGGAACCUUCUGUUCGGGGCAGCACGGAAGGUUUGCAGCGCCGUACGCGGAAGGCGACGGCGGCCCCGCCCCGGUGUCGGCAUGGCGGGCUGGGGGAGGCUGGCGAGGCUCGGCGGGCGGCUCUGGGCGUCGCGGCGGCGCCGAGGGUUCCCGGCCACAGGGGACAGCUGGGCUUUCUAGUCAGGCACACUAAUAGUGCAACAUGGUGGCACGAGCAUCUUUCUGAAGAGAAUGUGGAGUUCCUGAAGAAGAUAACUGCGGAGGAAUACAAAGCUCAGACAGCCAGCAAGCUCUGCCCUCUGAAAGAUGAGCCUUGGCCACUGAAUGAGUGGACACCAGAUUCCAUCAGAGUUGGUGUUGUUGCAGUAAAACUGGGAAUGAUGCCAAUAUGGACCAAGUCCGGAAAAAAACAUGCUGUCACAUUACUUAAGGUGCAAGAUUGUCAUGUUUUAAGAUACGUUUCAAAGGAAGAUUCGGGUGGAAAAACAGCUAAGCUGCUUGUUGGAGGCAAAAACGUAUCUCCUUUUUCUAAACCAGAGUCUGCACAUCAGAUUUUUAAAGAAGCUGGAGUACCACGAAAGCAGAAAGUUGCAACAUUUAAUGUAACAGAUGAUGCUAUAAUUAAGCCAGGUACUCCUUUGUAUGCUGCUCACUUCCGCCCAGGGCAGUUCGUGGAUGUUACUGCAAAAACAAUUGGUAAAGGAUUUCAAGGUGUCAUGAAAAGGUGGGGAUUUAAAGGUCAGCCUGCGAGCCACGGCCAGACAAAAACUCACAGAAGACCUGGAGCAAUAUCUACUAAUAAAGCUUCCAAAGUUUAUCGCGGAAAGAAAAUGCCAGGUAAAAUGGGUAACGUCUAUAGGACAUGUUUUGGAUUAAAGGUGUGGAGGAUCAACACAAUACAUGACAUUAUUUAUGUAAAUGGCUCUGUUCCAGGUCACACAAAUUGUCUGGUGAAGGUCAGAGAUAGCAAAUUGCCUACUUGCAAGGAAUACAAUAAAAACCCUCCGUUCCCUACGUUUUUUGCUGAUGGAGAUGAAAAACUACCAGAAGACCUUUUUGAUGAGGAAAUCUUCCAGUUCACGGAUCCAUCUGUCACGUAUACAUAAUGUUCUUCACAUCUUUGAAAACACAGUUUUCAAACACAGUUUCGUUAUUUUCAUGAACUUUGCAAUUCUGUACGAAAGAAAACCUAUGAAUUGCAGUCUGGCCAACUGACUUAAACACUUCAGAUAUUGCCAUUUUGGUCAGGUGAUCGGAUUUCCCACCAUCAGUUUCAAACCUGUACUUAAAGCAACCGGUGAAUCUGAGGGACAGUUGUAAAGCACACCAAAUAGCAUGUCUUCAGUGAGCUUUUGUCCUUUGCCUCAGGCUGUGAAAACUUACUCAUUUCUGAAAAACUGUUGUUUUGAGAUGGUUCCAGUUCAUUUUCUAAAUGCUAACAAACUCUGUUUCUUUCUUAAGUAAAGUAUUCUGGGCAACUCUGAUCAAUCAAAAAACGUUCCAAAUCUGCCUUAGCAUCUAGGGGAGGAGAUGUGUGGGGAGAGGAGGCGGGGGAGAUCUGUGAAGAAUAAUCCAAAAUAAAACAAGAAAACACAUUGCUCUGCAGCAGCA